AUGAACGAUAUGCUGACAGAAACACUUGAACCAGAAGACGAUUCAAAUCCAAAAAACGAGAGCCAAAAACAUGAAGCUUUCGAAGUCUUCCCUUUUCGCGGCCGCUUUCGCCUGUCCCUGUCAAAAAUCGGCGAAGAUGGCUUCGGAGAAGUGAGACCUGGAAACAGCCACGAAGAUGAGAGUUUUACCAAGUUCUACUUUCAUGUUGAUACGCCAAUCGGUAACGAGCAAAUUGACGAUUUCAAAUUCGUCCUCAAAUUUGGCGAAGACAUAGAGAGCUUCACUCAAUAUUUCGCCGUCGACGAUUUCAGCGACUCCACUUCAAAAAUCGUCAACAUCACUCCCGGUCAAAACAUGAUCUCCGGCGACCCCUACACUUUCAACUUCGAAGCUCUGGCCGAUUCCGACGAACUGGAUGUUGAUGUCUGGUUCUGCCCUUCCGUCAACUCUCUUGAUGGAGAAGAAGAUUUUUCAGCCUGCGACGAAGACAACUCUUCUUCCCAGGAGCCCGAUCAUACAGAAGGGCCCCCGACUGAUUUGCCAGAAGUAAGCUUUCCAGAUCUUGAAUGGACAGAAGUCGCAGGCCGCCGAGUCGCAGUUUCUUCGACACCUUUGAGUUACAAAAAUGCGCGAAAAACAUGUCGAUUUUUAGGCGGAUCCCUACCCUGGCCAAAAACUCCGGAAGAGAACGAAUUCAUCAAUUCUCUUGGCUCAACAUGGCUGGGUUUCUCGAUCAAUGAUCACGUGAUGAUGUCGUUUGAAAACUUCCAGCCGAUUAAGACGCGGCCGUUUAUGAAUCCGAAUGGGUUCUGGUCCUAUGGAGACAUGGAGGGGGAAAAGAACUUCAUUUGCGUGGAAGGGGAAAUUGAGGGCUGUCCGGACAUUUUUCGCGACUUGAGCGAGCUGAAUGGAAAUUGGAUGAUCCGAGAAAGCGGGGAAGGAAGCUGGAUGUCGUUUGAGGACUGGUCUUUUCAGGGAUUCAAGGCGAGGUCGCAAGUUCAAUACUCCUGUCCUCAGAAGAUCAAGACUUACAAAAAAUGGAGAAAAGCAUCGAAAAAAAUCCAGCUCACGUGCGUAAAAAUGCAGAAUGGGCAGUUUGACUGGGCCGAGUGCAACAACAAGAAAUGCAGUUCUUUCAACCGGUGCCCUUGGCUAGAUGAACCGAUGAAGAGACAAAUUGACAGCAUGAUCUGUCAGUAA